AUGGCAAUGAACGAAUGGCGGUGUUCUGGAGUCACAUGCAUGCUACUCCUACCUCAACUCGUGAAGAUUUGGCUACCGGAUUAUAGUGAAACUGAUCGGAGUCCUCUGAGCGAGCAGGCUCCAAGGUUGGGAGUCCCACCAUUGAUAUCUUUCCUGGAGGGCUUGUCCGAUGUUCUCACAACCAAUGAAGUCAGGGAUCCGCGAGUCCUAGACGGCCUCCAGACGCGAUUGGAUCUGAUCCAGUGGUCUUGGAACAAAGACACCCCGACAGAGGUCGAUAUGAAUACGGUGAGCCUACUUCGAGAUAUACUAUCCAGAAUAGGACACUUGAGUCAAGAUCCAGAACCAGAGAUGGACGCCAACCUAUCGCGGAGUGAUCCGAGCGAGCCCUCGCUAACGCGAACACUCGUCCACAUGGAAUUAGAGGCCUAUGGCUUGAUGAUCCAAAAUCGGGAAAAGAGCACAGAUAUUGACUUACGGGGUAGUCAAGAUUAUUGCCGUUAUCGAGCUGCUGUAGUGCCUACGGCGGGGCACUCUCUACUCCGGUACCCUAUGUCGUCGCCAGGUCAGUCCUGUGUGUGCGUCACGCCUCACGAGUACGAACGAGAGGCCAGCAGCUGGGCUCGCACACCCGCGGAGACGGGAUCGGAUCUCAACGAGCCCAGGGACAGAAAGCUCAAGCAGCUUAAAACGGUACGCUUCGUUGCUCCAAUUGUCACCGAGGUGCAGUAUUUUGAGCCGUGGUGGUGCGACGAGUAUCGAGACAGCGGCAGGUAUUGGUCGACAGGUCCGCACAGGAAGUCGAUUGAUUAUUCCACUCCCGGCGACGAUGACUGGGAGGUUGAGAGACUGGAGCAUCCUGACGGCUUGGCGGCUCAGAUAUCAAGUGAACUGGAACACGAGGAAAGCGCCUGCGGUACGGGUGUCGACGAUGACGGGGUCCUGGACGACGGUAUCUUGGACGAGAUGGAGAGGGCAAACGAAUCAUGGGACGACGAGACCCUGGAUGGGUUGGAGAGGGCAAACGAAUCAUGGGAGGACGACACCCUGGGCGACUUGGAGAAGCUUCACGAAUCGUGGGAAGAUCGGUUCUGA